AUGCUAUACGAGGCAGCGGCAAUUCACUGUCCGAUAUGUGAGCGCAUUUUAGGCGCCGCCCUCGGUAAUGCUUAUCCUGCUUUGCUAAUGAAGGAUUCAUUCCUAUGGGAUAAGAAAUUGGACAUAUCAUACAUAAUCUUCGAUUAUAGCACUGCUUCUGAGUGCAAUCUAGAGAUCAAGGUCCAUGAAGAAUCAUUUGGUCAUUUUUAUUUGAGCGUCAAAGAGGAUUUGUCGAGACUUCCCUCCAGAGACAUAAUCGAUGAAUUGGCUACUUAUACACCAAGUUCGUGGAAUACAAAUUCGAAUGAAUGCUGGGAGCUUAUAGGUUAUUGGAUCCGCAACUGUAUACAAAACCAUCAGAACUGCCCGAAUCUGGUGGCAAGUGAUACAAGCUAUUGUUAUCCAACCCGGCUGAUUGAUAUUGGGGAUCGAGGAGCAUACCUGGAUAGACCUCGUCUUUUGGUUUCUAGUGAUUCAUUGAUGGCUGGGGGAUAUGCGACAUUGAGCCACAGAUGGGGCGGCAGCACCCCUACCACUGUGUCUUCAGACACUCUUUCAGAGUUUAAGAAUGGAUUUAUACGAUCCAGUCUUCCCCAAACCUUCCAAGAUGCUCUUUUAGCCACCAAGCAACUUGGACUUCGGUAUCUAUGGAUUGACUCGCUUUGCAUAAUUCAGUCUGGCCAGGGCAGCGCUGAUGAUUGGGCAUGCGAAUCGAACCGAAUGGACCAAGUAUACAGGCACGCAUACUGCAACAUAUCAGCUACAGGAUCAGAAGAUACCAAUUACAGCAUUUUUCAUUACAGACACCCUGAAACCAUCUCAUGCCCCAGGUUCAGAUUGGAGUGGGAUUCCAAGAACAAACAUAAAAUUACAUGUAGCAAAGAACACAACCUGGUCGACAACUGGACUUUCCAUCACAGACUGGACAGCUCAGCACUACUCAAGCGUGGAUGGGUCUUUCAAGAGCGACUUUUGGCGCCGCGCAUCAUACAUCUUGGUACGGAUCAGCUCUAUUGGGAAUGCGAUUCUUUGCAAGCCUGUGAAACUAUCCCCUUGGGAAUAGGGAUGACUUUUGGGUCUGUAAAACGCAUGGUAUCGCCUUCAAUCCCUUCCGAAGUUCGCCAAGAUCAUAAAUCUCGAAUGGAGAGCACUUGGGACUCUAUAAUCUUUUCUUACACGGCCUGCGAUCUAACCAAGCCCAAAGAUAAACUGAUUGCACUUUCUGGCGUUGCAAAUCGCUAUGCUGCAAUUCACAAUCUGAACUGCAAUACGUACUUUGCCGGUCACUGGCGGCAUGCGCUACCUCGGAGCUUGCUUUGGCACAGAUCCUUGCGGCACGCAGCAACGGAAAAUCUAGUCCUAGCAUCAUCAGCUCCGUACAUAGCACCAACUUGGUCUUGGGCAUCUGUUAUAGGCAGAGUGGUGAGUUUGUGUACUUCCCAGGAAUCCCAUCGUACAGACCUUGAGGGUACUGUAUACCCCAAGCCUGAAAACUUGGCGAUCCUUCUUGAUGUAGCAACCUCCACAAUACCAUCUGCUCCUACCGGCCAAGUCAAGUCCGGGGAGAUUAAGCUUUAUGGAAACUUGUUUUGCCUUGUCCAACAUCGGGAUCUGGACAUCAUUGCGGAGCCGGGAAUGAACAUCAAGGCGGAUUACGGUACUCAUUUUGACCAGAAGCUAUACUGUAGUCUGGAUAUGCGAGGCAUUGCUCUGGAUGAUUUAUGCUGUGUCUGUCUGUUGAAAGAAAUUUUGGCAAUCGAAGCGCCGUUGGAAGAUGACGAUUUCUCCGAGGAAGAAGAUUCGUCAGACGGAGGAUAUUCAGGAGAGAAAGAAUAUUCGUUAGACAGAGGAUAUUUACGGGAGGAAGAUUUACCAGAUGAACAAGGCUCAUCUGAGGCAAGAGAUCUGUCUAAAGGAGAAGCUUCGAGAGUGGAAACAAACCCGUCAGAAAAGGGUAGCCUAUCUUUAUCAUCGCCACAUGAACAGCUUAGGGCUGUCGAUGUAGUGCACGAGGCUAUCUACGGGUUACUGCUUGUUAAAACCUCAGAAGAAGAAGAAGUUUACCAACGAGUGGGAAUGUUUUGCCUUGUGUAUUGGGACGUAGUUCCAGAGUUCUGCAUUGGACAUGCGCAAGAACUUAGUAUUAUAUAA